GAACGUUAAAUGUCUUGUCUUUGUAGUGUAUUCAAUUAAACGUAGGUUGAAGAUGAUUUGCAAAUCAUUGUAUUCUGUUUUUAUUGAUGUUUAACACAACGCCCCAACUUCAUUGGAAUUUGGGUUGUACUUUCAGUCUGGAAACUCACAGCAAGUUGUGUUGUGUAGUGUAGUGUUGUGUUGUGUGUUUCCUUUGUGUUGUUUUUUUGUUGUGUUGUCAUGUGGUUUUUCUGUCUGUGUGUGUUUUUUUGUGUGGAGCACACUGACCCCGAGCAGAGUCCGAGCGCCGCUGGCGUGGUGGUGGCUGUUCUUGCACAUCGCCUGGUAGUCGAACAGUGACACUCUGCAAAAAGAAGGGAGAAAAAAGAAAAAAAAAACCACACAAAAUCCACCACACGCACACACAUUCUGCAUCACGUCGCUGACAUGGGGACACGCACACUCCUAAAAAAAACUAAAUUAAUAGUAACAAAUCAAAAUAAAUUUAAAAAAAUAACAUGAUAAGAACAAUGUUGUAUUUUUCCAGAAAUAUAUAUAUAUAUAUAUUUUAUCUUGGGGGGUGGGGGUUGGAGGUGACAUCUCUCCCAAAAUAGACCUUAUAAUGAAACAUUUCAUAAGAAUAAAAAAGUAGUUUUUUCUAAAAAUACAAUAAUAAUGAUAGUAAGAAGAAGACGAGAGAAAGAGAUCAAUUGAAAUAUUAAAUGAUUAGUAUUGUUUACAUACUAAAACAUUUUUCGGGUAGGUUACGAUCUUAUAAUAAUAACGUUUUAACAAAUAAAAAUGAUGAAAACGUGAAAAAGUGUGCGGCCUCCACGGAAACGAGCGAACUGACUUUUUGUACAUCCCCAUCUUGAUGAGCGUCGACAUCACGCUGCCGUCGAGCUCGCCCAGGAAGCGGCCCACCUGGGAAAACGCAACAUCGUCAUCACCGUCGUUAUAAUGACAACAAAAAAAACUUUGUUUCUGGUCAUUGUUUGUGUGUGUGUGUUUUUGUUGAGUAUUGUGUGUGUGUUAACGGGCAGAGUUCAUCUGCUGUCAGAUGGGCAGCCGUAAUGCUAACCAAUCAAAUGAUGACAUGAUCACACCGCUUAUUCUAUUGGUGGAAAUGUUUGUUUGUGUGUGUGUGUGUGUGCGCGCGCUCUCAGCAUUGAAGGUGAACGUGAAGGUCGUGCGGCCCAUCCGGCGGUAAAGAUUAAGGCUGCAAAUCCGGCGUCAUUGUCCAGAUGUUGUUGGUUUUUAUUUGGAUGCCCCAGAAAUAAUCCUCCUCACUUUGACCUGUGACCUGCGACCUCUGACCUCUCACCUCCUUCCUCUCCUUGGACAGCAGGAUGAAACCGUGAUUGUCCACCAACAAACACCUGAGGUCCUGAAACAACAAGAUGCGCGCUGACAUCAUGUUUUGUAGCACGACGACAUUCCUGGCGUCAUCAAAUCAAUGUCAAUUAAAAAUUCUAUUGUCCCAGACGCGAUUACUCAUCCCCAUAUUUUUGAUAUCGAUUGCUGAUAAUCCUGGCGGUGGAGGGUGUGUUCCAACUACAGGGGGAUCACACUCCUCAGCCUCCCCGGUAAGGUCGACCCGACCUCGGAUAAGCGGUAGAAAACGGAUGGAUGGAUGGAUCGAUAGCUCAAUAUGUGGAUUAUUGGAUUUUGGAGUUGAAAAAAGGCAGAAAUAGAAGUUUGUGGUCUGUGUCGUGACGCCGCGGCAUGUGACGCCACGUGUCACCUCACGUGUGUCAUGGCGUACUUACAUCACUCUCACAGCUGAGGGGACACAAUCCUUCGAUGUUGGAACACUGACGCACACGCGCGCGCGCGCGCACACACACACACACACACACACACACACACAGGAGGUAAACAAACAACGACAUGUCAAUUGAUUAGGUACGCAGUGCACCUGCUGUAGAGAAUUGGAGACAUGAAGGAGGAAACACUCACAUCUGUGUCGCUUGCCUAUAGAAAGAAGUGACAAGAAAUGAUUAGAAAUCCUUCAUAUUGAUCAUUAAACACACACACAUACAGUACAUACACACACACACACACGAGUUAAACUACUAAAGCAUAGCAUACUGAUAUUAGAUAAUUAUUAUAUAUUUGUGUAAAGAGGAAAGUAUACUUUAGUGUACUUUUGCAUGUUUGUGGAUGACAGACCACUACUGUGCCUCUGGGGGGCAGCACUGAGACUUAACGGUAAAAAUUCUCGUCAAGACUUCCGUCCAUCCGUCGCGCUUCCCCUCACGUGGGUCGCGGGCGUGCCGGAGCCUAUCCCAGCUAUCUUCGGGCAGUAGGCGGGGUACACCCUGAAUUGGUCGCCAGCCCAAUCGCAGGGCACAUAGAAACAAGUGCUAACCAGUCGGCCGCCGUGCCGGCAAAAAAGUACAUUCAAUUAACAAAAUUGACUUCUUAUGUAUGCAAGUAGGUAAUUAGUUAAUGUAGUAACACACUGCCCCCUGCUGGCUUGGAGGAAAACAUCAAGCCUUGCCUGAUUGUCAUCAAUGUGUGUGUGAGAGAGACGAAGCUCAGCAUGAAAAUGGAAAGAGAAAAAUGUAAUCAACAGCGGCCAACGCGCCGCCUACCUCACAUCUGUCACACAAACAACUGUGUGUGUGUGUCUGUGUGUGUGUGUGUGUGUGUGCUCAAUCACCUGCUUGGUGAUGGCCCAGAAAGUCUUCUCCAGUAAGUCCAAUGACAUCUGCAGGCCCACAGCUAAAAAUAGAACAAAUACAAACGCGCGCGCGCACACACACACACACACACACACACACACACACACACACACGCAGACAGGCAUACACAAUCAGCGAUGGCGUCAAAACACUGCACACGGGCAUGCACAAACAUACAUGUGCACAAACAUAUGCAUGUGCACACACACACACACGCACACACCAUUAACAGCAGCAGCAUAUGGCAUCUCUCUCUCUCUCCCUCUAUCGCACGAUGCUCACUCGCUCGGGGCAGCAGGUUGUGUGUGUGUGUGUGUGUGUGUGUGUGGCAUCUCAGGGUGCAGGUUUGAUGAUGAUGAUGAUGAUGAAGGGGAGGAGGAGCAUCCAGGAUAAAGUGUGCUUCUAUUUGAGCUGAGCAGCAAGUGCAUCCAAACUUGAUGGGGUGAGGACCACUUCCUGUUCUGGAGGGCCACUUCCUGUCCCUUGACCACGGGUGUGUGGACUUUUACGACACAACGAUGUGAAAGCGUGCGGAGGCGACUUUCUUGCGUCUGGAGGCUGACCAGCACACGGCGAGGAGGUUCCGCUCGAGCGGACCCUGGUCUGACCCGAGGUAGCGUCCAUGUGGCCGACAUGAGGCAGCUGGACCAGCAACGACAAAGCCGCCAACAGAUUAUUGUUGGUGCCGUCACACCAACCCUGGUUCUGGUGAUCCUGGUGGGCUCAGGUUGCUGCUGUCCCGGCGUGUGCACCUGCAGCGGGAACUCCAGCGACUGCUCGGCUCUGGACCUGACCAGCGUGACAUCCCUCCUACCUCUGCUGGAUCAAGACUGUGUGACGUUGCGCCUCCUCCAGAACAACCUCUCCACCCUGGCACCCGCGGACUUCACCAACCUCACCAGCCUGGAGGUCCUGGAUCUUUCCCAGAACCGAUUUUCCAGCCUGCCCUCGGGAGUCUUCUCAAAUGUGGGCAGCCUGCGUUGGCUCAACCUGUCCACCAACCUCCUCGGAGCGCACCUGACCACCGCAGAUCUAAGCACCAGCGAGGGGGCGGACUGGGGCCUGAACAGGGAGGUCUUUAAGGGUCUGCGGUGGCUCCGAGAUCUGGACCUGUCCUCCAACGAUCUCCGCCGGCUGCCUACGGGCCUGCUGGACGGACUCCAGAGGCUGUCAUGGUUGUCGUUGGCCAGGAACCAUCUGGCCGUCCUGGAGAGGGUCACCUUUGAGCCUCUGAUGGGGCUUCAGCAGCUCCUCCUGGCUGGGAACCCCUGGGAAUGCGACUGUAAGAUGAGGGGUUUCAAACACUGGAUGGAGUGGAUGGUCUACCGAGACGGUCUGGUAGACGCCAUGACUUGCAGUCUCCCGAGGAACUUGUUGGGCCGCGACGUCCGCGGGGUGCCGGCCGAGAUGUUCGGCCACUGCGUGCGGAGCGCCGCCGGGGACUCCGCCUCCGGGGAGUCGGCACCGGGAAACCCGAGCCGCCCGCCGUGUCCGCCGGGCCGCCUCGGUAGCACCGACGAGUGCGUCCGGCAGCGCUACCGUCCGGUCAGCGUCCGACGGGCUCACGGUACGCAGAUCGUGGCGGCCGUAGUCUGCGGGACCGUGUGCGUCAUGAUGGCGGUGGCGGCCACCUACGGCUGCAUCUACGCCUCGCUCAUGGCGCGCUACCAGAGGGACCUGAGACAACGAGGACAGCCGCUCACGGCCCGGUCCGGACCGGACGGCGACCCGGAAGACGUGGAAUCGCCGGAGGAACCGCCGGCCAAAGAGGCCUGCGUGGUGCACGGUUACCGCAUCAGCAGCUUCUGAUUUACUCAACAUCUUUGCUAUCAUGAUUCAAAUGAUAUCAAAAUAGGGAGGAUACGAUUCAUCGUUUCAGCACUAGUGUCCACUAUAAAGUCCACUAUUUAAAAGUCUCAGCACAAACAUGUCCUUCAAUGCCAAACAUGAGUGCAACAGUAAAUGCACCUUGUGUGAAUUCCUCAUUGUGUUC